UGAGCAUAAACCCUACUUUCUUUACUCAGCCGCCGCACUCCCAUCUUUUCCUUCAUCUUUUUUUUUUUCUUCCUUUUUUCUUCUUCUUCUCCGCAGGAAACGAUGGCCCCUCCCGUGAAACGGUUGUCAACGCUGCGCCUUGGAUUGUGACCGUUGCUGCCACCACCAUUGACAGCUUUAGUGAAGGUUCGAUCCAUAUCAGAUGCAGUGAAAGUUGCUGCUGGAGUUUCUCUUGCCGAUACAGAAGGUUCCGUAAAAAAUCGGCCGUUCCUCAAGUUUUCUGGAGUUGUCUCAGCAAGAGGGGCUCUCUUAAAUCUGUUCACUGAAGCUGCAUUACAGCACAGCAGAAGCAGUUUUUUAAAAAAGUACAGCAAUACCAAACUAAGCCUUAGACGAUUGAGGAGACCAACAAACUGAACAAAGCUAGGGCAUCAACCUUCGACACCACAGACUGAACCACCACACCCUCCGAACCUUAGUUGAACUACGAUGGGGUCAUACAAGUGUGCUUUAGAGUUAUGGAGAAAAAAACAAACAGAUGUUAUUAGGGUUUUGCCCAAGAUGAGAUUGUGGGGGUAUAGAGCUUUCCACACAGAGGAGGCCAAGCCAGAUCAGUUGCUGGCAGUACUGAAAUCAGGAUGUGCAAGUCAAUCUACUGCUCCUGCAAACCAUUUGACUAGGAGCAUAGCUGGAGCUGAUGGAAUUCAUGUUCUAUAUGGAAGGAAGUGCGCUAGAGAGUUAAUGUCUACUUCUUGGCCACAAUUUCAACCCACAAGAAACUAUAUAGCAAGUUCCAGCAUUCCUCAAUUUUGUAGAUCCAUUUCAUCAAAAGCUUCACGGCAACCACGACAAAGUCCAUCUGAGAAUAAGAAAGACUUAUCUACUGUAGAGGAUCCUUUUGAUGCUCCUACAUACAACAUCCCAGAAAAGCCUGUGACAUUUGUAGAGGGAGCUUCCUACAGUGUAGUUAUUCUUGCAGGGCUUGGAAUUGCUGCUGCCGCAGGAUAUGCUGUCUUUAAGGAGCUUAUUUUUGAACCGAAAGAGUACAAGAUCUUUAACAAGGCUCUUAAAAGGGUUCAAGAUGAUGCACAGGUUAGGAUGAGGGUCGGAUACCCUAUUACAGGGUAUGGUCAAGAAAGUAGAAACCGUGCUGCUCGCCAACGCAUUCCCAACAGAAUAUGGCAUGAUGAAGAAGGGGUAGAGCACGUAGAGGUUAAUUUUUAUGUACGAGGGCCUCACGGAGCUGGGAAAGUAUUUGCCGAGAUGUUCAUGGACCAAGCAGACAAGCAAUGGAAGUACACAUAUUUGAUUGUUCAGAUACAAGCACCUUCCCCAGCACAACUGAUUUUAGAGUCUUAUCUGCCAAGUUAUAACGCAGCCAACUAGUCAUGCUCACUUCUGUACCAAAUGGCAUGGGUUGGAUAUUUAGAGUUAGUCCUGUUAAUAAGUUUUCUUUUGUUUUACCCCUAAUAUCCUCGAAAACGGUCGAGCUUAAACUUGCCCCUAAUUUUUUCAUUAAUAGUAUUAAGCUUUAUUUUUCAGUCUCA